UUCGAACACGAAGGGUGGGAAAGAAAUUUUGAAAGACACUUUUUUUUUUUGAAAAUCAUGCUCUUGAAAAAGGACUUUGGGCCUCAAUGCGGAACAUCCAUAUAUGUGGUUUUAGCUCCUCCCAAUUACUAUAGGCAUCCUAGCACAUUCUGAAUGAACAAAGUCAUUUACAAUCCAAAGAAAAAUAACAAUGGUUUCUGUUUCAAUUUAAACAAACCGGAGAUAUCUUUUCCCACACAAGAAAAGUUGAUUUCAGUUCAAAAGGAAACCCUUGAUUUCCCUGCCUCCAACGUGUUUUUCGAACCAAGGUGAUUUUCGCGCCUCAAAUUUUUUUAUGGAUCGUCAUUCGUACCAGUGGUGGUGGUGGCGAAAUGAAUGCAUUUGGCACUCAUAAUAAACCAUGCCACCAACCAGUGUAUUGUGUAGUGUGUGUGUGACUGUGUAGCCAUGGUGGAGCUUUGCACUCGGCUCAACCACACUCUCCCUAGUUCCUACCAAUGAUGCGCCGCAGCCUCACUUCCACUCGCUGCUGCCAUGUGCGCACCUCCUCCUCCUCCUACUACUACCACGCACUGAGACGGUGAGAAGCAGAGGGAAGUGAGAGCGGGAAGAACGCCAUGCGCGCGCACCGCCCGCCGCCGGGCGGUUCGCCGGCGCCCUCUCCGUCCCCGUACCAGUCGCCAAUGCCGUCCCCGACAGCGGCAUUUCAGGGCGGGCUCAUCAGCUCCCCGCCUUCUCCCUCUGCGGUGGCGUCGCCGGGACCGGCGCCCGUGCCUGCGCCGGCGCCGGAGCCUGAUGCGGUGCUCGCGUACGCGGGCGCGCGGCGAGGCGUGGGUGGCAUCAGCCCGCCGCUCAUCGCGAUGCUGGCGGUGGUGGGGGCGGCGCUGCUGGUGGUGCUCUACGCGCGGCUGGCCAGGCGCGUGGUCCGGGCCGUCCGUCGGCGGUGGCGUGGGUGGAGGCGGCGGCGGCGGCUGCUGAUGCUCCCGGUCGGCUCCCCGGCGAACGACUCCUUCGCGUCCUUCACCACCUACGACAACUUCUACCACACCUUCUCGCCCUACGGCCUGGACGACGCGGCCAUCAAGUCGCUGCCCUCGGCGCAGUUCCUCAAGGCGGAGGCCGCCCGCGCGAGCGCCGGCGCGCGCGACUGCGCCGUGUGCCUGCUGGAGUUCGGCGACGGCGACGAGCUCCGCGCGCUGCCGCUGUGCGCGCACGCAUUCCACGCCGACUGCAUCGACGUCUGGCUCCGCGCGCACGCCUCCUGCCCGCUCUGCCGCGCCGCCGUCGCGCUCCCGCCCCCCGUCUCCUCCCCGCUCCGCUCGGCCCGACGCGUCCGCCCCAGCCUCGACGACCUCCUCUUCUUCCACCCCGUGCCGCCGCCUCCCCAGAACGACGCCGGCGCGCUGCCGGAGAUCACGCCGGCCAGCCCCGAUGAGCUCAACCCGAGGGACUUCCUCCUCAAGCGCUCCUACUCCUUCGGCUUCGAGCGCAACCUCGCCACGGAGGCCGCGUCCACAGCAUCCCCUUCCUGGCGCUACCGCUUGGGCGGCGGCGGCGGAGACGGCGCCAGCGGCCGCGGCCGAAGCUUCUGGAGCAAGCGCUGGCCGUCUCCAUUCGGCGGCGUCGGGGGCUCCGCGGCGGCCGCAGCCCGUGUCUUCUCGUUCCGCUCGGCCACGGGCAAGUCCUCCCCCUUCGCCCGCCGCCGCGCCGGCGCAGCCCCGGCAGCAGGCGGGUUCUUCAUGUCCCUGUCCUCGGAGCCCCCGUCCAUCGCCGCGGCGAGGCGGAGCAACCGCCCGUCGAGCCGGCUCCGGUGCGGGGACCCCGAGGCGCUGCUCUCGCCGGACCGCCUCAGCCGCUGACCCCAAGAAAACCUCCCACCGCAGCCGCUGACCCCACCCCGCUGCCGGUGUCGUGCACUGUCCUCGCGCGCCGCGGCGGUGGUGGUGGGCCCGCGUCGCGUGGACAGAGAGGGAGGCAGCAGUAAUGGCGCGUUAAAUGCGCGGCCUGCCGAGGUUUUAAUGGCGGGAGGACGAGGCGUGUCCUGUUCCGCGCAGGCCUCGACGCGUUCGAAAUUUCCAGCCCCAAGUUUUGACCGGAUGCUCAUCGUGUACCGCGCGGUCGCGGUGGGUAAACAGAGUCGGUGGCCGUCUGAGCCGUCCGAUCAGAAAACAAACGGCUCUCGGCGACGAUGGCGGUUGGCCGGAGCGUUCGUUUUCUCGCCGGACGGCUCAAAUGGAGGGCAGCAGUGGGGGCCAUUGCCAUGUGUUCUUCUCUGCUGGUAGAAAACUCAGUUAUAUAGAAGCAGUGUGCUUGAGUUUAAGAAGUUGGCGUCCUAUUUGUUGUACCAUAUAUUUGUUUACAAAUAUUUGUCAAAAUUUUCUGCAAGGAAGAAAAUAUUCAUCUACGUUCACCAAA